AUGGAUGACGAAGAUAACGUUACAAGGAACAAAACUCUCACAAGUAAUUGUCAAAUGUUUGAAGAUGUAAAGGAAAUAAAUAAUUUCAACACUAAACACAUUUCAAAAAAUGACGUUCUCUUCAGUUUGAUCCAUUUUAAUAUUAGAAGUUUAAAAAACAAAAUUGAUGAAUUGAACGAAUUUCUUGACAAGUUUAAAUUGAAAUUUGACGUAAUAGCAAUCAGUGAAAGCUGGCUAUCAGAUCGUGAUAUGGACAUGGUUUUAAUGAAUGGUUACUGCUACCUCGGUAAAAAUCGUAUAAAUAAAAACGGUGGUGGUGUAGGAGUCUUUGUUAGAAACACACACAACGUUAAAGCACGGCACGAUUUAAAUGACUCCUUGACAACAACACUUGAGAUAUUUGCCAUAGAGAUUGCCAAUGAAGCGCAGUUUAAAAACAUUGUUGUUGUUGUUGCUUACCGACCACCUUCGUGUUCUGUUGGAACUUUUUGCGAAUCAAUCGAUGAUGUCCUGACACGUUUAAAUGAAAAAAAUAAACACAUCGUGGUCACAGGAGACUUCAACAUAAACUUAACUGACGAUAUAAACAGCAAUAAUAACCAACUGCAACAAAUCAUGGAUCUGCACGGUCUUUGUAAAUUAAUAAAUCUCCCCACCAGAAUAACAGCAAACAAACAAUCAGUUAUUGACAACAUAUUUGUAGAUGGCUCGUUGAAUGUGUGCUUGCAAGGAGUGUUGGCCUGUGAUUUGUCUGAUCAUUUGCCAGUCCUCACACAAAUUUCUUUCAGCAAACAAGUAAAAAAAGAAAAACUCAUCGUAGUUCCUUCAACAAAAUUCUUGUCCUCAUCAAAUCGAAUCAGCAACUUAAAUAAACGACUUUGUGAAAUUGAUUGGACCGACGUAUAUGAUUGUUGGGAUGUCGAAAUGGCUUGGGUAAAAUUUGUCGAGCUUUUCAAAUGUUGUAUGAUAAAAUGCUGCCAAGUAAGUAAUAAUAAAAUUAAUAAGAUCAGCAAACAAAAGCCAUGGUUCAAUAGUGAAAAUAAAAAGAUACUGAAAGCUAAAAAUCGAUUGUUUAAAAAAUUCCUUAAAAUCCCAAAUGAUGAAAACAAUAAUAAUUAUAAAUCUGCAAAUAAAAUUUAUAAAAAAAUAAAAAACAACGCAAAGAAACAGUAUUUCCAUAAUAUUCUAGAAAAUAACAAACAUGAUAUGAAAAAAUCAUGGAAAAUUAUGAAUGAUGUUCUGAGGAGAUCAAAUAACGACUCAAAAAGUAAUAAUAUACAUCUGAAAAGAAAUGGCCAGAUUGUAAAUGAUCCAGAAAAUGCUCUAAAUGAUCACUUUGUUUCUAUCGCCGAGAAACUUAACGUAAAUUUUGUUAAAACUUUUGAAUAUAAAAAACCAAUGAAAAACAGUAUUCAAAAUUCAAUGUUCAUAAGUUCAGUGACAACGUCUUUCAAGCAACAAGAUCUCUGA